AGAAUCCCUCAUCUCACAAACGAGUAUUUGCGGCCAAACGCCCGGUUUGUCGGCGGCCAGCAAAGCGGUGUGCUGCGCUACGAUAUCCAGGUAGAAAUCAAGACGGUUGACCUCGUCAGCUCUUUGGUGACGGGCUUCUUUCAGAUCAGCGGCCUAACCGAGGAGCACCCUUUGAUUACCACGUGUUUCAAGGGUGAGAUAAUCAACAACCCGCUUCACCGGAUGCGCUGGGGCAGUGCCCCGGUGGCCCCUCGGCGGUACUCGUUUAUCACCGAGGAAACCAACUGGCUGUCGUUUCCCAAAAACGACCUCGAGCACUGGAAGAAGCUCACGGGCUGCGACAGCCAGUGUUCUGAAGCGGACUUACGCCUGAGGCUCCUGCGCAUCCAGGCAGGCGAGCAGGAUUCCCUGUACAUAUACAUGCGCUGGAAGGAAGAGUUUUUGUUGCCUGACUCCCGCGUGAAACUGUUGACCGGUGCAUCCUUCGAGGGCUUCUACUAUGUGGUGCUCAACAUCGGCUCGGGCAGCCGGGCCACGGACGAGAAGCGGCUAGGCCCUGCCAUCCCUCCGGGGACCAUGAGCGGGCUUUAUUUCUACACGCAGAGUGAAAAGUUCCAGUCACUCUCCUUGCUGUACGUGGAGGACAGGGGCCAGGCAAGCACGUUUGAAUUU